UCGUCCAUCGUCAUUCGUUGUCGUCCCUCUCUCCCGCUCAGUCCCAAUUUUCAAAAUUAAAUAAAGAAAAAAUAAUGAAAACAUCCGCUUCACACAGUUGGUGUGCCCUUUCAAGUUCCUGAAACUUCCAACCCCUUAUUGGAAGAUGGUGAACGAAGCUCUUAUCUCCGAUCCGGUGGAUCCUCUCCAUAGCCUUGCCGGACUUUCUCUACUCCCAACAACAGUUAGGGUUUCCACCGACGCCUCUGUAUCAGUUAACCCCAAAGACCUAGAGUCAAUUCACAACUUCAUGAAGUCCAUGGAAGCCAAGGGUCCUGGGCUCUUGGAGGAGGCAAGGGAAAUUGUGGAUAAUGGUGCGGAGCUUCUGAAUACCAAGUUUACGAGUUUUAUACUAUCUAAAGGCAUUGAUGGGGAUCUUGCAAUGAAGGGAAAGGAGAAGCUCCAGGAGAGAAGACCAGGACUGGGGCGUAAAAGGGCUCGAUUUUCUCUCAAGCCUAGUACAAGUCAACCUACUGUCAGCGUAGCUCCUCGUUUAGAUAUUGAUCAACUGUCAGAUCCAGUGGAAUUUUUCUCAGUUGCUGAAAAGCUAGAAGAUGCUGAGAAGGAAAUAGAAAGACAGAAAGGUAGCAGUAUCCAUGAUCCAGAUGUGAAUAAUCCACCCGCCAAUGCACGGCGUCGUCGACCAGGCAUCUUGGGCAAAUCGGUGAAGUAUAAGCACCGUUUCUCAUCCACCCAGCCUGAGAAUGAUGAUGCAUUUAUAUCAUCUCAAGAGACAUUGGAGGAUGAUAUUCUGGUGGAACAUGGUUCUCAGUUGCCAGAAGAGCUUCAUGGCCUCAAUGUUGAACUACAAGAAGUAGAACUCACAGGGUCAAUAAAGAAAACAGAAAACAGAAUAAACAAGAUUCUGGAUGAAUUACUGUCCGGUAGUGGUGAAGAUCUAGAUCGGGACAUGGCAGUAUCCACAUUGCAAGAGCGGUUGCAGAUCAAGCCCAUUGAACUAGGCACUUUAUGUAUUCCUGAGUUCCCUGUGACUGGAAAGCUUGAUGGUAAAGCUUUUGGAGAGAGGAUUCAGAAGCCUAGGAAGUUUUCAUUGGAGGUACGGGAGUUGGUUAAAAGUGCAACCGAGGGAACACCUUCCUCUCACAAACAGCAUGAGGAAAGUCCUGCCAGUAAAUUAGCAUCACCCACUCCACCAAAAAGUCCAUUUGGUUCAUUGUCUUUUUUGAAAAAGAAACUUAUGCAGUCAAAUCCACUGAGAGAUCCUUUUUCGCCUCUCAACAUUGAUCUGCAAUCAGAGCUUCCAGAUUGGUCCGUGAAGAAGAAAUCACAAUGUGUAAAUAAUAAUGUUGGACCUACUGAAUCUCAUGGUUGUGAAAAUACGAAUAUUAUGGUCCCUUUAAGAGGUUCAGACUUAGUGCAUGAGCAACUGAUGGAAAAGAAUCCAGGCAGAGAUAGUGUAAAAACUGGGCCAAAUGGAUCUCGAUCUGGAAUGGAGCAACAUAAUGGUUAUGAUGAUAUUGAUGUCAAUACUAACGUCAACUUAAAUAUGAGAAAUGUGGAUUCCCGCCAUGAGUCUGAUGGGAUUGACAAAGUGAAAGAUGAUUCAGUUAUAAACAAUGUUUUGAAGGAUCUACAAGGUCUUGAGACCAAAUCCUACAUUAACUGUCAAAAGCUGCAGGAUAGCGAAGUUCUUGCUGAAACACUACCUUCUCUUCAAGCCCAAGGAAAUGCUGUCGAUACAGCCAAUUAUACCAUUGAAACAGUUGUUGAGGAUUUUGGAUCAACUGAAAUUGAUCAGCUGGUUGACAAUAUGCUACCAGAAACAGCGCCUUCUGCAGAACAAGAUCAUUACUUUGAGGAUUCUGUCAAAGACUUAAAUAGUGAUCAAUUGAACUCAGUUGCAGUUGAAGUUCCUUCUAGAGACGUGAGAUAUAAAUUUCCUGAGAUGAGCCCUCAGCAUCACACCCAGGCAAAAGAUAAGCAACAGAAAGCAAAGAAACUUGCUGUUGGAAGGCGUGAAAGAAAACAUCUUUCUUCUAGGCCAAGUCUAGCAGAUGCUGGUACAUCAUUUGAAAGUGGGGUUAGACGAAGCAAACGAAUGAAGACAAGGCCUUUGGAAUAUUGGAAAGGCGAAAGAUUAUUAUAUGGACGGGUUGAUGAGGGUUUGAAGCUUGUUGGCUUGAAAUACAUCUCUCCAGGAAAGGGAUCAUUUAAGGUGAAGUCUUACAUCCCUGAUGACUACAAAGACCUAGUUGAUUUAGCAGCUCGCUAUUGAUUUUCUAACAGCAUUGGUGGAUGGGCUAGCUUUCUGGAUCUUGUCCCAUGCUUCAGUUUUAAAUACAAAUGUAGCCAUUGUAUGUAAUGUACCCGAGGUAGAUUUAUAACAUUGUGAACCUUGAUUUAUCAUCUUUAAUUUGUUGAGCGCUGUUGGUCCAUCUAUUGAUUAUCCCAAGAGCAAAUGACUCCACAGUGCUUCAGACACUUUUGUUGACUUGUUA